AUGAAGACGAUCCUGGCGUCGGAGACGAUGGACAUCCCGGAGGGCGUGACGGUGACGGUGGCCGCCAAGCUGGUGACGGUGGAGGGCCCCCGCGGGAAGCUCACCCGCGACUUCAAGCACCUCAACCUCGACUUCCAGCUGCAGGAGGGCGGGCGCAAGCUCAAGGUGGACGCCUGGUUCGGCACCCGCCGCACCAUGGCCGCCAUCCGCACCGCCAUCUCCCACGUCCAGAACCUCAUCAAGGGCGUCACCAAGGGGUACCGCUACAAGAUGAGGUUCGUCUACGCUCACUUCCCCAUCAACGCCUCCAUCACCAACAGCAACACCGCCAUCGAGAUCAGGAACUUCCUCGGCGAGAAGAAGGUUAGGAAGGUGGACAUGCUUGAGGGCGUGACCAUCCUUCGGUCCGAGAAGGUCAAGGAUGAGCUCAUCCUCGACGGCAACGACAUCGAGCUCGUCUCUCGCUCCGCCGCCCUCAUCAACCAGAAAUGCCAUGUCAAGAAGAAGGAUAUCAGAAAGUUCUUGGACGGUAUCUAUGUCAACGACAAGGGUGUGAUCGAGGAGGAGCAGUGA